GUCAGAUACAGAGGCAAAAUAUCGCGCUUGUAUCACAGCUUGCAUGCAAAUAUGCGAUCCCUAUCCACUUCAUUCGUUCGGGGGCCGACAGAGCCCGCAUUGCUAACUCAAACCUUUCCCGAAUUUUACAGCGAGAGACUUCUCCCAAAGUUUUCGUCCAAUAUAGCCCUAGUUAGCACGCAGGAAGCUCCGAAUGCUCAUGGUGCCCCAGGUGGACUGCUGUCUGAAUCACCCAAGUAUUUGAGAUGGACAUUUGAGGAUAUGCACCACCAUGUGGCUGCUCUUUCCAGAGGUCUGGUCCAUUUAGGGGUGAAAAAGGGGGACCGAGUGGGCGUUGUCAUGGGCAAUUGCAGCACCUAUGCCUGUUUACAAUGGGCGGCAGCUAGUAUUGGCGCUGUAUUGGUUACCAUUAAUCCUGCGUAUCGGAUUCGCGAGCUGAUAGGCGUCAUGAAGCUUGCCGGGGUGUCAUCUUUGUUUAUCACUCCAAAAUUGCGUUCUUCUCGAUAUAUCGACCUUCUUCUUCAAGAAAUGCCGCAUCUCGCAUCAUCUGAUGGCCAGGGCGACGCGGAUCUUCCCCUUCAAAAUAUAAUCAUCACCGAUAACAUAUCAAGGGAAGGAGGCGACUUCCACGCAGAACUGUCAAGAAUCCCUAUAGCGGUUGGUUUUCGCGACCUGCUGAUAUGGAGAGAAGAUGGCGAAUCUGUCAAUGAAGUCAAAUCGAUUGAGAAGUCACUGCAUCGUGACGAGGUGAUAAACCUGCAAUUCACAAGUGGUACAACAGGAUUACCAAAAGCAGUUUCGUUAUCGCACGCCAACCUGUUGAAUAAUGCUCAUUCUAUAGGAAGAUGCAUGGAUCUUACACCCGCGGACAAGAUAUGCAACAUACCUCCGCUUUUCCACUGCUUUGGGCUGGUCUUAGGAAAUCUCGCGUCCUGGGUUCAUGCGUCCGCUAUUGUUUACAGCGCAGAAAGUUUCGAUCCGAGAGCUGCCCUUGAUGCGAUGGAAGCAGAAAGAUGUACAGGAGUUCACGGCGUGCCCACGCACUUCCUGGGCUUGCUAGAAACGCUUGAGGCAGGGAAACCCUGUGGAGAGCAAUGGAACCUUUCCACGUUAAGAACCGGGAUUGCCGCGGGCACAACCAUACCAUUGGAUAUGAUGAGGCAAUUGAUUCAAAAACUGAAUCUAACUGAACUGACAAUUGCCUAUGGCAUGACGGAAACGAGUCCUGUGUCUUUCCAAACAGUCCCAUUGGAUCCUUUGAAAAAGCGGACAGAGACGGUUGGACGUGUUCAGCCGCAUGUCGCGGCCAAGAUUGUGGACUCCAAUAACAAUAUAGUCCCCGUCGGCACGCCAGGCGAGCUCUGGGUGUCUGGCUAUAACGUCCAUAAAGGGUACUGGGAUGACCCUGAACAGAGCGCUGCCAUAUUGGCACGAGCACCAGCCCCCGAUGACCCAGGCGAGGGCGAUUUGGUGUGGCUGAAAACAGGUGACAUAGGCGUUCUCGACGAGGAUGGUUAUCUUAGAAUCGUUGGCAGAAUGAAAGAUAUCAUCAUUCGAGGAGGAGAGAAUCUGUUUCCCGUCCAAAUUGAGAACGUGUUGACUGCGCAUCCUGCGAUUAAGGAAGCAGCGGCCGUCUCCGUCCCCGAUCAGAAGUAUGGAGAAGUUGUCGGGGUAUGGAUCGUUCGAGAACAGAGAUCCAUUCACCCUGCAACACCUGAGCUUACCAACAAGGAUGUUAUAUCGAUCGUGAAACAAGCAAUGAACCCUCAGAAUGCUCCAUCCUGGGUAUGGUUCGUGGGUGAAGGUGCAGCGAAAGAAUCAGGUUAUGAUAUACUCCCUAAGACUGGGAGCGGUAAAGUUCAAAAGAACAUUCUCCGCAUUUGGAGUCGGGAGAUGGCUGCACAAAACAUAGGGCUUGUUUCGCAUUGAUGAAGUGCAUCCGUGCAGCGUUCAUCGGAGCAUAAGACUGAUAUUCCGCAGACAAUUAUUGGCUUCCGCGCUCCCGGCCUAUGUGCAUGUGCUCUUCUUACGGCGUCCAAAUGUCAUAGCGAUCUGACAGUGCGGUCAUGUAUUUGCAAACUCCAACCCAUACCUUUGCGAAACGUGUUAGCAAAUAUGUGCACGAGAGAUAUUGAGCUGUAAUG